AUGACGAGUACAUUUUUAAUAAAUUACGCCCACGCUCAAACGUGCAAUGCAAAAACGUUGCGCAAAGUGGACUUGAGUGUAGCCCGUAUUAUUACCAUCGGUAAUUCUGGCCGCCAAUUCCCCGAACAAAAAGGGACCGAGUUGAAAAAGUAUUGCUCCCAAAACGCCGCUUAUUUAAAAGAGAUUGAACGAUAUAAAGGCAAGUGUAUGAAAGGAUUGAGCAAACAAAUUGCAUCGAUAUUAAUCUAUUCGAUAAAGAACUCAAUCGCACAGCUAUGCAAUAAGGAUUCAAAAAAUGAAUAUUACCGUAUUUUCCCGUGCAUAAUCACCAAGACCAAACGCAUACCGGUUUGCACCGAACAACACGUGGACACAGCUAUGAAUUUUGUGCGCUCGAUGUUAGGCAACGCCAUUGACUUAUUAUGCAGUGAAUACAGUGAAGGAAGCGAUAAGUGCGAUACGUUGGGUCGACCACCCCUGAACACAUAA